GUGCGGCCCUGCUGCAUAGUCAUUCCGGCGGCGUUUGUCAUCCCCUCCUGCAUGCCUCCCGUCUCCAUGGAGUGCACGAUCCCUGCCCAGUGCCAGCUCCUGUUCCGAGCUUGCGAGGAUGGCGAUCACGAGAGCGCACGUCGGCUGCUGGAGCCGGGAUCGGACGGCUCGGGGGUUUCAGGGUCGGUCUCCGGGGUCCGCAGCGGUGCCUCCUGUAUUGGAUCUCGCCAGGUGGACGUGUCUGGGCCAUCAGACGCACUGCUCCCCGGAGCCUCGGGAGUGGGCUCUGCGCUGCCCGAGUCGCCCCUUGUUCCUGUGGACUGUACUGAUGAGGACGGCAAUACAGCCCUACAGCUGGCGGCCGGCGGAGGCCACGAACCCCUUGUCAGGUUCCUGCUUAGGAAAGGGGCCUCGGUGGACAGCAGGAAUCACUACGGGUGGACUCCUCUCAUGCAGGCGGCCAGGUCAGGACACCUAAAUGUUGCUGCAAUUCUACUGGAAAAUGGAGCGGAUGUCAAUGCUCAGAAUAGGCUGGGAGCCAGUGUUCUUACAGUGGCAUCUAGAGGAGGCCAUGUUAGUGUGGUCAAACUACUUCUGGAGAGUGGAGCGUUUGUGGAUAAUUACGAUCACUUUGAUUUCAAUGUUGUGAGCAACAAUAGUCAGAAGGAAGACAUGCCAGACAUAACGGCUUUAAUGACAGCAGCCCAGCAUGCGCACGAGGCAGUUGUGCGUCUCCUACUGGAUUGGGGAGCUGACGUUAACUUUCGCGUGAAAACAGGCUGGAAUCCUUUGAUGCUGGCAGCUCUCCAUGGGCGUGUGAGUGUAGCCCAGCAGCUAGUGGAUAGGGGCGCUCACCCAGACCAAGUAAACAUUUUGGAGAAGACCCCUUUUGAGAUCGCACUGCACUUCAAGCAUAAAGAUAUGAAGGAUUAUUUGGAUUCCAUAACAACAAUUAGGCCUAAAACAGAUGAAGAAAAGAGAAGACCUGAUAUAUUUCAUGCUGUGAAAAUAGUGAAUGUGCAGCUUGUUAAAGAGAUUUUGGAAGAGGAUCCAAAUCAGGUGAAUGCUGUCAAUGCAGAAGGUGCAUCUCCUCUGAUGAUAGCUGCAGUCACUGGAAAACUAGAAUUGGUGCAGCUAUUGGUUGAUAAGAAUGCCGAUAUCAAUAAACAAGACAGUGUCCAUGCCUGGACGGCCUUAAUGCAAGCCACCUACCACGGAAACAAAGAUAUUGUCCUCUACCUUUUAAAUCAAGGAGCUGAUGUAAACCUCCGUGCCAAAAAUGGCUACACUGCAUUUGACCUUGUGAUGCUUCUAAACGAUCCAGACACCGAGCUCGUCCGGUUAUUGGCAUCUGUAUGUUUGCAGGUGGACAAGGAUAAGUCAAAACAGAAAAGCAAAAGCUCGUUGCUUAGUUCAAAAAGCAAACUAUCUUUAAAUAUCCCAGUGCCACCUGAUGAUAAGGCAGGAUUAAAGUCGUGGUGGAACAGGAUGUCUAACCGUUUCCGCAAGCUGAAAUUGACUCAGACUCUGAGACACGGAUUCUCCACCAACCGUCUAGUACCGUUCUCAGAAAAUCCUAGUGUAUCCCUUGAUUCUGCAUUAAAAUGUUCUUCGCAUACAGAUACCCCCAGCCCACGCAGACCAGACUCUAUUACCGCCUGGACUACAUCUAGCAAAGACAGCGGAAUAGGGACUACAAAGACUGAAAACGAGGAUUUGCUUUUAACGACCAUGUUAAGGAAUGGUGCUCCAUGUACAAAACUUCCUAAUGAAAAACUUAAAGCUGUGAUCCCGCCAUUCCUGCCUCCAUCCAAUUUUGAGCUUUGGAACUCUGAUCGGUCCAGAAUCAGCAGAGAUGGAAAAAUGGAACAGAGCAGAGUAUCCAUGCCGACGAGGCUAUCAAAGCCAAGUUUUAACAGCAGUGGGAAUUCUGAUAUUACCUCUGUCAGUCGAGUACAGAGAACAUCUAAGUUUCCAAGCUUGCCAAGAAGUCCAACGUCGCCUUCGAAUUCAGGAAACUUUAACCAUUCGCCUCAUUCCUCUGGUGGUGGAAACAGUAUGGCAGGUGGCAGCGCAGACAACGUCUUGUCUCAAAUAGCAGCCCAUAGGAAAAAAGCCGCCAGCUUGUCUGAGCAGAAAAAAACUCAGUCACACAGCCCAAACAACACCGCUUGUAAAUCCGUCGUGUCAGAGCAGCAGAAUGGCACUUCCGCAUGUAAUUUACAUUUGCCAAAGAAAGUUGAAAUUUUAAAACGACCUCCUUCUGGGACUUCUUCUAACUCUAAGAGUACCUCUCCUACACUGACACCGUCUCCCUCGCCAACACCAAAGGGGCGUCUUGCGGAGUCAUCUGUAUCUUCAUCUUCGUCUCUCAAGCAUUCCAAGAGCAGUGGUGGGUCUAGUAGUGGAACGAUUACAGACGAAGAUGAGCUCUCUGCGAUCCUCAAGAAAUUGUCUUUAGAGAAAUACCAGCCCAUAUUUGAGGAGCAAGAGGUUGACAUGGAAGCCUUCCUCACGCUCACUGAUGGUGAUUUGAAGGAGUUGGGUAUUAAGACAGAUGGGUCUAGACAGCAGAUCUUGGCUGCUAUUUCUGAACUCAAUGCCGGAAAGGGCCGCGAGAGACAAAUUUUACAGGAAACCAUACACAACUUCCAUUCCUCAUUUGAGAGCAGUGCUAGCAACACUCAGCCUACUGGAGCUCAGCAAUCCCCUUCUGUCUCCACCAAACCCAAAGUUCCGGUUUGUAACAAAAGGUAGUUCUGCAAAGAGUCGGUGAGUCAGAAGGUACCAGAGACGGAACCCAAAGAACCACAAGAGGGUUUCUUAACCGGGAGUGGACGCCAGAGUCUUGUUCCAAAUGGGGCACCUUGACACUGAAGGCUAUAAUUACUAAUGGCUGCUGUAUAAAACAUCUGUCACUGUUAGGCCAAGGUGGCUUAAUUGGAGAGUCGUACGCAAGAGACGAAGAGGUAUUACAAGAGAACCUGCGCUUUGGGAAGUCGCUUUGUGAGGUGGUGCGCAGUAGAGUUGGUGGAGCCCUACAACGGACUUGUAUUAUACAACACAAAGCAAAGAUAUAUAAAAGUGAACUUAUGUAUUGUGACUUAUGUAGCUAGUCAUGAUAUCUUUAGAAUCUACAAGACAUGUGAUUUAAGCACAUUUCAAGAUUUUAAAGCCAAAUAAAA